CUGAUUUGGCUCGUCAAGCUCAUAGUCAAAAGGUAUCCUUGCGUCGAACCUCUUUGGAGAGUCUUUGUCCACCGAGAGAACCACCCACAUGUAUGCCAGCCUCAGAAAGAUAUCGCACUCAUGAUGGUACAUGCAAUAACAGACGUAGACAACGGUGGGGAGCCUCACAAAUGCCUUUCAGCCGUUUUCUUCCCCCUGAAUACGGUGAUGGAGUUGACUCUGUGCGCAAAUCCGUGGACGGUGGAACGCUUUCCUCUUCUCGUUUUGUUAGCUUAUUAGUGCAUGGGGCCCGAGAAGGUGAAGCACCGUUAACAUUGAUGCUGGCCCAAUGGGGACAAUUAUUGGAUCAUGACUUAACUUCCACCGCCCAACCAAGAUCAAUUAAUGGAUCUGUGCCAAGUUGUUGUGGCAACAAGGACUUCCAUCCCUCAUGUUUUCCCAUCAAAGUACCUCUAGAUGAUCCUUGGCUAUCAUCACUAAAAGUGCGUUGCUUGGAAUUCCUACGUUCCGCCCCGGCUCAGCGCAGGGAUUGCGUCUUAUCUUGGCGCGAACAAACUAAUCAAGCCACCUCGUUUAUUGAUGCUUCCCCCAUAUACUCAAAUAGUGUGAAAUCAUCCGAUAGUGCUCGAAUUUUUCGAAACGGUUUACUGAUAUUUGGCCGUGGCAAUCCCAAUGAAGAUGUUUGUCAAAGAGGGGCUAUUGCUACAAAUUGCAUACGUUCCGGAGAUGGACGGAGCGGCGAACAACCUGGACUUUUGGCUCUACACCAUGUGUGGGUGGGUGAACACAAUCACAUUGCCAUGCGUUUAAGCGAAAUGAAUCUACAUUGGAGUGACGAAAAGAUCUACCAAGAAACCCGACGAAUUAUUGGUGCCAUGUUCCAACACAUAACGUAUCGUGAAUUUCUGCCCAUAGUAUUGGGACGAGAGGUGUGCAGAUUGUUCGAACUGGAACUUUUAACAUCGGGUUACUAUGAGGGCUAUGAUUCCAAAACGAAUCCCGGUGUUGCAAACUCUUUUGCUGCAGCUGCCUUUCGCUUCGGUCACUCUUUGGUACAGAAUUCCUACAUGCGUUGCGACCGUUUCCACAAUGUUCUAAGCAACAAUGUAAGUUUGCAUGAAGAGUUCCAAAGAGGAGAUAUUGGGUCUGUGGGUUCUUUACAUCGCCUAAUAAGAGGUUUAGCUAAUCAAAGAGCUUUGCAAAGAGAUGAAUUCAUAACUCCCGAACUCACAAACCAUUUGUUCCAAACUCCGGGCUUCCCUUUCGGUUUAGAUUUGGCUGCCAUCAACAUCCAACGUGGUCGUGACCAUGGCAUUCCCCCAUAUACUCAUUGGCGGGUUCCUUGUGGUUUAUCUGCCAUUAACACUUGGGAAGAGUUUGCCAAUGUUGUGGGUCCGGAGUCUGCCAGACGCAUUAGUCACGCCUAUCAAAAUGUUCACGACAUAGAUCUUUUUGUGGGCGGCAUUGCUGAACGACCGGUUGUGGGAGGACUUGUGGGACCAACAUUUGCUUGCAUUAUCGCCCAACAGUUCAGUAACUCCCGUAAAGGAGAUCGCUUUUGGUACGAAAAUGCAGGCUUCGAGAGUUCAUUUACACCAGCUCAACUGCAUUCAAUAAGAAAGGUAACUCUGGCCUCAGUUUUAUGCCGUACGGUCGGAGGCGGAACAUUCCAACCUCAUAUAUUCCUUCCACCGGAUACGCCUCAAAAUGAACGUUUGCCUUGUGGGGUGGGUCCUUUAGCGGAGUUCGAUUUGGAACCAUGGUUAGAACAAGAUCCAUUUGCUAGUCCCAAACCGGUGCCAAUUCAAAUACAAACUCCCACUGCAGUCCAAAUAGAAUCACGGCCCAAUCCGACAGUGUUGCCACGCCCGCCAAUUUUACCUGCAUUAUUGCCACAACCUCCACUGCCUCCACCAGAAAGACCACUUAAUAUUCCGCCAAUGGCACACCCACCCCCAACAAUAGAACCCCCCGUACUCGAUCGUAUAUUUGAAAUUGUUCAAAGUGAACUCGAUACGAAUGCCCCCAUUCCUGCGGAAUUCUUGAACAAACGUCCCCCUCCAACGAGAGAACCGGUGUUUAUACCAACUUUUAGUGUGGCCAGUGGUUUUAAUCGCUUCAGAAAUACAACUAAAAUUAAUGACAAAUUGGACUUAAAACGUAAAGGUAUUACAGGGCAUAUAACCAAGCCAAAACCUCUGCCGGGCGUAAGCAAUAAAUUGGACAAGCAUUCAAGAAAAGGUCCUCAUCGCCAGGCUACGGUCGAAACGACAACACGCAGAACGAUUGUAGUGAAUAACAUACCCAUAGAACUUCGCCAUGCAUCUUCUGAGGCCGCUAAAACGGAGGGAAGUACAACUACGAAAGAGGACAAACUAGAAUCUCGUACUGCUGACUUAACGGCUUUGACUACUGAAAUUUCUCUAUUAAAUACUGUCGGAACAGAAGUAACUGUGAGCGAUAUCAGCAUGGAUUCUCUGGACUUGGAAGCAAGAACCGAAGAUUUAGAUUUGGAAGAGACAAUAAAAUCUUCCAUGAAGCCAACAGGACCUGGAAACAAUAACAUUGAAAUAGCAGCGGAGGAACAAACGAAUUUGACAAAUGUUGCUAAAACUAGCAUGCAAAACAACGUGAACAAUUCAAAAGUUAACCCUUCUACCAAUACGGAAGAUGAUCGUCCUGGUUUGGAAGCUAGAACCGAAAGACCUAACAUUGAUGACUCAAAUAUAGAAAAUCACAUGAAAAACGAAAAUAGAAAAGAUGUCAAGGAACAGAAUACAAAAACAUCGAAAAAUGAAACAAUCCACAAAGAUGAAAGUUCUUUGGGCAUUAAAAUCAAACCAAACGAAACUUUUGUUGAAGACCAAGCUAGAACAAAAAGACUUACUGGAAUUAGUAAUCUGCAGGCCACAGAUUUAGCUUUAGUCGAACAUAUGAAAGAAUCUGUCACGAAUGAAAUAUUCAAAGACACGCCCGAUCUUUCAUUGACAGAUAUAAUUAAUUCAAAUGGAAACUCAUCAAUGACAAUGACGAGUGAUACCUCUGAACUACGUGAAAAGACCUUUGAAAUUAAUUCAGAUCCCCAGCAAAAAGAAAAUUUUCCAGUCGAAAAAUUUGAAGAGUUAAAUUCAAAUGAUGUGAAUAAAACAUCAGAACAAAACUUUAACUCGACAAAUGUUAAAAACCUAGAUUACAAAUCUAAUUCUACCCGUAAGGCAAUUAACUCCAUUGACAACAAGAGUUCUAUAAGCAGCCUACAUUCCAACGAUUCUGAUAUUGAUCCUUUGGCGAAUUCUCCAUCCCACGACCUACGAAGAGUUCAAAGGAAGCUAUCUCUACCAACUUCCACAGAAAAUUUAAAAGAAAAAUUGAAUUUGCCUCUUCUGAAGGCCGUAUUGAAAUCGAACGUCAGUGUUCCUCUACAUGAUAAGUUCCUGACUACCAAAGUGCCCAAGCCAUCAAAGACUGCUACUGUGCAGAGUAUCGAGUUGAGACAAUAUCAGAAACGACCCCAGUAUCCCAAACCACCUCAUAAGGUAAUUGUAGACACGACCAAUGGAGCGGGCCAAUACGAAAUUGAAAUUAACAUUAGACAGACAAACAAAAGUCCCAUUCCAUUGCAAAGCACGCCUGACUACAGUACCAACUACAAAUCAAAACCUUAUGAUCGAUACACCAAUACCUAUGUAACAUAUCCCAGUACAACACCUUUGUACGCUUAUCUACAACAUGCUCCAGUUCAGGUUUCUCAGUUGAAUUCCCAAAAUCAGAGAACUAAACCACCUACUAUAAUAUUCUUAAAUGAACAUGAAGAACAUGGUACCACAACCAGACAGCCAGGUUUUGUACAUAGCAUAGUGGGUUGGAACUCGGGAAGUCAAAGGCCAUUGCCCCCAGAUUCGGAUCUUGCCGAGAGACCAAGCUAUGAUGGCGUCAUAUCACGUCCUCUAAGCGGCUCGAUAUUACCCUCGAACUUCCAAAAUACUAGGCCAGGCGCAGUAUCAAGCUUUAGCCAGGCCCAAGUUAAUGGCGGAGUUGUUCAGGCAUCCAGCCAGGCAACAAGCAAUGGUCACUAUGGCUCCAUUACUGGUUUUGCCAGUGCCAAUGGUGCCGACAGUACUUUCAGUUUUAAUAUACGACCCAAACCAGAAAAGCCAAAUAUUAACCGACCAGAUGGAACAGCAAGUUAUGGUCUGCUACAUGAAGCACCUAAACCCUGGUAUAAUAAAUAUAAGCCAGUGUUGGGAGAGCAAAUUUCCACCCAUGAGAUACCGUAUAGGGAAGGCAUUCAAACACCAUUUUCCACAUCCAACUCACAAACCUACUAUAUACGUAAAAAGCAUCGACCAUAUCAGAAAGAAGAAGACCCUUUUGAAAGGGAACCUGAAAUACGGGACCAUGACUAUCUUAGUAGAACCCUUACUACGACACAAAACAUAACAGCCUUAGAAGAAUUUGAAGAUAUAUUGGACGGAGACUAUGAGUACGAUGACAGUGAUGAUUAUGGAAACUCUCCCUUAAUAAGGAAAUUUAACAAAGAUGGAUAUCUUAGACCUGAGCUCAUGCUGGCGGCCCUUAAUAAAACUGUUAAUUUUCACCCGACCACAGCGCCAACCACAAGUGAAGCUUUAGACGACAAUUAUGUUCUGCCUGCUAUGAACAGCACUAAGGACAUUCCAAAAGUUUCGUCUAAAAUCAAUCUUCAAAAUACUUCCAACAACUAUCCGGACUCUCAAAGUAAACAAUUAAACAAUGAUAUAUUUGCUGAAGACUUGCAGGAACACGAGGACCAAUCGCCAGAGGACACAUUUGAAGAUGAUGAGAUGGAUGCACAAUUUGAAUUGGAAAAGAAGAAGUUGAACAUUCUAAAGCGCCAUCAAGAAAAAAUAGCAUUUGCACCCAUUACAAUCUUAACUAAACCAGAAAGGCCGGAUAACUGGGUUAUAUAUGACUCUCCUGAAGAGGAAGAACCAUUAUUACCCCAAAUACCAGAUCUUAAUCAAGACCUGUCUCCCUCGGCCGAGAUUCCAAAACCAAUACGAGAAAACAUUUGGUUAUCUCUGGCUCAUUCGAAGAAAAAACUACCCUUUGAAAGUGUAUCCAGCGACUUGGGGAAUGAGACUGAACUGCCACUAACAACAGCCAGAAAUGAUAAUCCUAUAACUAUCCCUCCAGAGAUAGAUAUUGUGGUAGACCACAAUUUGGAUUUGGAUGCGAAAGUAGAACCUACAGAAUCUUCUAACCAAGAUGGAAUCACAGAUAGGAUUGAAACUGAAAAAAUAUUAGAAACAACAACGGACCACAUCGCUGACUCUGUGAUGAUAACCAGCAGAACAGAGGCAGAAAGCACCAGAUGAAACAGUUAAUUUUUAUAUUUGAAUUUAAGUAUUUACUUCUAAGUUUUGUGAUCUUUUUUCUAUUU